AUGAUCGUCUUCUUCACCUUUACACGAAAUGAGGCCUGGACGCUGACUACUAUUGCUGGCACGAUUCCGAUCCAAAUUGGUUUCCUCGUUGCCUUCAGCCAGCUCGUUCCCGCUCACACGGUGACCCUGUUCCGCGGCAUCAUUUCCCUCCGAGUGCCUCGAUUCCCUCUCCUCUACAUCGGUCUGGUCACGAUCCUCACUAUGACGCCUCUGCUGACCGCGGCAUCCUUUUUCCUUGCAAUCUUCGGCUUCAUUACGAGUUGGACCUACCUGCGUUUCUAUAAGGUUGUUUUCCCAGAUCUCGACUCCUCGCAAUCCGCCUCCCUCCGCGGUGAUGCGAGCGAGACGUUCGCCUUCGCCGAGUUCUUCCCCGGCCCCGUCAAGCCGCUCGUGGCCGGCAUCUCGGCCCAGGUGUUCAACGUGCUGGUGGCGAUGAAGAUUUGCACGCCCUUCUCGCCGGCCGACAUGUCCGCCGCCAGGGGCGACAGCUUCCUGCAGCGCGGCGUCCCGGGCAGCGCCAGGGCCGAGGCCGAGCGCAGGAGAGCCCUGGCCCUCAAGGCGCUCGACCAGCGCCUACACGCAGCGACCGCGAAUGCGGCCUCGCGCCCGCCCCAGGCUGCCUCGCAAGCGCCGGCCGCGACCGGGCCCACGGUACAGACGCAGCCGCAGUCUGGCGCGACGGCCAUGACCUCUCAGCCGGGCGCCAUGCUUGGGGAGACCAACUACAACCCUGAUCACGAUGCUAGUGACAAGAGCGGGCCCUAG